AUGGAGUUUACUGGAGGGGAAAUAUAUCAGUCCAGCUUUGACCCCAAAGCAUAUCUGGCCUCAUUCUGUAGUCUAGGAUCUGGAAGAGACGACAUUCUAAUGUUCCGCCUAAAAAAAUGCUUUGAAACAUUUGGACCAGGAGGCCUCAGAGGAGAUGUUUUGGUUGACAUUGGAACUGGACCAGCAAUAUACCAUCUCCUCUCUGCCUGUGAAUCAUUUUCUCAUAUCAUUGCAACUGAUUUCACAGACCGUAAUAGACAAGAGCUGGGGAGAUGGUUGAGAAGAGAAGUGGGAACCUUUGAUUGGUCAGAGACUGUGAAGACUGUUUGUGAUCUGGAAGGUGUCAGAGACAAUUGGGUGGAAAAAGAGGACAAAUUACGAUCCAGAAUCCAGAAGGUUCUGAAGUGUGAUGUAACCAAGGCUAAUCCACUGGAUCCCACAGUGAUCCCCCCUGCGGAUUGCCUGAUCACAGCACUAUGUUUGGAAACAGCCUGCACAGAUAUUGACGCAUAUUUCUGUUCUCUGAGAAACAUUACAACCCUGCUGAAGCCUGGUGGACACUUGGUUUUGAUUGGCGUCCUUGGAAAUUCCUUUUAUAGGGUGGGAGAGAAGAAAUUCUUCUGUCUGUCAUUAGAUGAGCAGACGGUAAGGAAUGCUGUCAUGGAUGCUGGAUACAGUAUUAAGGAUUUGGAGCUUUACUACCUUCCCAAUCCGACCUCUUGUGCCCAUAUUACAGAUACCUAUGCCAAUAUUUUCCUUGUGGCACAAAAAAAUUAG